UCAUCAGUUUAGAGUUAAAAAAAAAAUCACUCAUUACACACGUGGGGGUUGAAAAAGAGUAUCAGCACUAGUUCCACCAUCAACACAAGCCUACUUUAUUUGUCAAUACCUCAUCUAUAUAAGAAAGUCAUAACUAGAAUCAUAGCACCAAAAGAAGAAAAAGAACAAAAAGAAAGUACUGAAUCUGAAGCUUUAUGAGAAUGGAUUCAAAUCUUAUGGAGGCAGUCCAUCGGAAUGACAUACCCGCAUUCAAAAUCUUGGUUCAGAAAAACGAAGCAAUUCUUGAUCAACCAGAAGCCAAGUCUAAGAACACUGUCCUACACCUCGCUUCAAAGUUUGGACAUGUGGAAAUGGCGGCCAACAUCAUCACUUUGCGGCCUGACAUGGUGGCUGCCGAGAAUAAGGACCUGGAGACUCCAUUCCAUGAAGCUUCCCGCAUAGGGAAUGCAAAAAUCUUGAAGUUGCUACUAGAGACCAACACUAAGGCUGCCCGAAAGCUCAAUUCUCGUAACGAGACUGCUCUUUUCUUGGCUUGCAGUUCUGGUCAUCUUGAAUCGGUGAGUCUGCUAUUGGCUCAACCUGAAUUAAUUCGCCUAGGGGAAGAUGGAUAUGACCGAACUUGUAUUCAUGCUGCAGCCUCAGCUGGACACACAGAUGUUGUGAUGGAGCUAAUAAGCAAUAACAGUCAUGAGUUCGCUCAAACGAUGGAUGAGAAAGGCAAUACGCCGCUGCAUUGCGCAUCAGUAAAAGGGCACAAGGAUAUCACUGGAUGGCUAUUGAAGCUUGAUUCAAAGCUGGCUCUGAAGUACAACAAGGAUGGUUACACGCCGCUUCACUUGGCAAUAAUCAACUAUAAAGUCUUAGUCCUCCAAGGAUACGUUAACAUGGCUUCUGCUUCCUUUGUAUAUCGAACGAGAGAGGAAGAAACUAUAUUUCAUUUGGCUGUGAAAUAUGGCCGAACUGACGCUUUAAAGUACUUAAUCAGUGUCUGCAAUGGGAUGGACCUGUUUAACAUACCAGAUCGGUCCGGCAACAACAUUUUACAUCUUGCGGUCUCUGGAGGACAUUAUCAGCAGAUGGCAGAGCUCUUGAUCAAAAAAACAAAAGUGGACAUUAAUGGUCUGAACAGUACAGGACUUACAGCUUUCGACAUCCUUGAUCAGGCCAAAGAUAGGGUUGAAAAUCAACGUCUUGUAGCCAUGUUCCGUGAAGUCGGAGCAAAAAGAAGCACGGAAUUGUUAUGUUUUUUACCAAAAGUACCAAAAACCAGCAGUAGGCCUGUUCCACUCGAUUUCAUACCACAAAGAAUCCUUAAGGCACACGAAAUGCAAGUCUUGUCCAAAUCUUCUCGCACCGAAGAAGAAUGCAGGAUCUGGAUUCAAAACUACGAUACAUGCUCGCCCUCAUCAAGCAAAACGCCAUCAAGUUCUAUGUCGUCUCCUCUCUCAAGAUCUUCUUGUAUGUCUUCACCCCAGUCCAGAAAAUCCUCCCCACGACUUCCUGCCGAAAAGGCUCCCGAGGGCUUAUCACCAUUAGGACAUGAACAAAUUCCCUGCCAAAGGCACCAUGAAAUUCUCGCUGGGAUAAUGGCCAAGCGUCGAAACAAGCAGCACCGCCGUAAAGUCUACGCAGAGGCGUUACAGAACGCUAGGAACACCAUCAUCUUAGUGGCCAUUCUGAUCGCCACAGUCACUUUCACCGCCGGAGUAAGUCCUCCUGGCGGCGUGCACCAGGAAGGUGAGAUGAAAGGGAAGUCAACGGUGGGGGAAACGACAGCUUUCAAGGUGUUUGCAAUAAGCAACGACUUGGCUCUUUUCACAUCAUUGUCCAUCGUUGUCGUUUUAGUGAGUAUCAUACCGUAUCGAAGGAAAGCGCAGAUGAGAUUGUUGUCUAUUGCUCACAAGGUCCUGUGGGCAGCCGUGGCUUUCAUGGCUAUGAGCUAUGUUGCGGCCAUGUGGGUGAUCUCGCCAAGAGGCAGGAGUGCAGAGUUGGUGUCGGUGGUGGCUCUGGCGGUGAGCGGAGGAACCAUGGGAACGGUGUUUUUUGCACUUGGGAAGAAGCUGGUUGACCAUUGGUUGACCAAGAAUCGGUGGAGAUCAACAAGCGGGGAUGGAGUUGGGGAUGAUGAUGAUCCUGAAAUGGGAAGUGAUAAAAACUCUGAUGUUGAAAGCUCUUUCCACAAGGGAUAUCAUUCCUAUUGAUUUGUUAUGUUCUUUACUAUCUACAGAAAAGUCAAAUCUAGGUUGUUGUUGUAAGUUUCUGUAGGUGUACAAUAUACUUUUUAUUCUUUAUUUCAAUUUAGGUAACUGAGACUACAGGAGUCCUAGCUUGCUCUCUUUCUGUUUUCCCUUUCAUAAUAACAUUUGUAAAGUUGUUCAUUUCAUUUCAUGGUAAAAUAUUUGUACACUAAUUCUCCUAAACGUGUGUAUUUUAGUUAUUUUGGGAGUUGAGUUCUCUGUCUCUUUUUUUAGUAAUGGUAUUCUGAUCUGAACUGUUACUUUGCUCUUCAGUUCAAUCAUAUUG